GCGGCGGUGAGGGACUGAGCAGCGCCAGCGCUCGGCGGCCGCGCAGGUUUUGCUAUGCCGCAGUGUUUGUACUGACUCUGCUGUCUUGUAGGAGUGAUGGGGAACUAGAGCCCAUGACAGUUCAGUGGAGCCCUUGGCACUUUUGAUAUCUCGACAUCUUCAGUUCUGUAAGAGCAACCCAUUCCCGGGAUAAAGACAGCAGCAGGUGGUAGAAUGCGGAAACCAGGCCCUCAGAAAGCCAUAGACUGGAAAGAUGGUAAAAAGCACAAGUACAGCCGCCCAUCAGAGUCUCCUUCCCAGUACCAAGGUCACUUCACCUGGGAGAAGUACCUGAAAGAGACAUGUGCCAUCCCAGCUCCUGCCCAUUGUUUCAAGCAGUCCUACACUCCACCUGCAAACGAGUUCAAGAUCAGCAUGAAGCUGGAGGCGCAGGACCCCCGGAACACCACGUCCACCUGCAUCGCCACCGUGGUGGGGCUGACGGGCGCCCGCCUGCGCCUGCGCCUCGACGGCAGCGACAACAAGAACGACUUCUGGAGGCUGGUGGACUCUGCUGAGAUCCAGCCCAUCGGGAACUGUGAGAAGAAUGGAGGGAUGCUGCAGCCUCCACUGGGCUUCCGGCUGAAUGCCUCCUCCUGGCCCAUGUUCCUGCUGAAGACUCUGAAUGGAGCAGAGAUGGCUCCUGUCCGGAUUUUUCACAAGGAACCACCAUCUCCUUCCCAAAACUUCUUCAAGACAGGUAUGAAGCUGGAGGCAGUGGACAGGAAGAACCCUCACUUCAUCUGCCCGGCCACCAUUGGGGAGGUGAGAGGUUCUGAGGUCCUCAUAACAUUUGAUGGCUGGAGAGGUGCCUUCGAUUACUGGUGCCGAUAUGAUUCCCGGGACAUCUUUCCUGUAGGCUGGUGUUCGCUGACUGGAGAUAAUCUGCAGCCCCCUGGUACAAAAGUUGUGAUUCCAAAGAGCCCUUUACCUGCCUCCGAAGUAAACUCGGAGAAACCUAGCAUGCACAGUAGCACAAAGACUGUUUUGGGGCAUCAACAAGGGCAAAGGCGUCGCAAAACAGGGAAGAAGCGUGGUCGAACGACCAAAGCACUAAUCCACCACCCCAUGCCUACACCCUCCAAGUCAGUGGAGCCUUUGAAAUUCCCCAGAAAGAGAGGCCCCAAGCCUGGCAGUAAGAGGAAACCUAGGACAUUGCUGAACCCAGCACCCACCUCUCCAACAACCAGUACCCCAGAGCCAGACACAAGCACUGUGCCCCAGGACGCUGCUACAAUCCCCAGCUCUGCCAUGCAGGCUCCCACAGUUUGCAUUUACUUGAACAAGAACGGCAGCACUGGGCCCCACCUAGACAAGAAGAAAAUUCAGCAGCUGCCAGACCAUUUUGGACCAGCUCGAGCUUCUGUUGUCCUGCAGCAAGCAGUACAGGCCUGCAUUGAUUGUGCUUAUCAUCAGAAAACAGUCUUCUCCUUCUUAAAACAAGGCCACGGGGGAGAGGUCAUCUCAGCUGUGUUUGAUCGGGAACAGCACACUCUGAACCUGCCAGCAGUAAACAGUAUCACCUACGUCCUGCGGUUCCUGGAGAAGCUGUGCCACAAUCUGCGCAGUGACAACCUCUUUGGGAACCAGCCUUUCACUCAGAACAGCCACAUGCAGCGCUCACACGAGUACGACCACGACAGGUAUCUACCAGACAGAAGCAGCUCGUUAGACGGCUCUCUGCAGGGACCAGGCCGGGGUACAAAGCGCUAUUCCCAAGAUUCCCCUCCAUACACUGCUCCUCUCUCCCCCAAGUUACCAAAGAAUGACCGUCACCCUUUGGAAGGUGAAACCUUUGUCCUGGGAGAUGGCCUCCCAGGGCCCUUAGAGCCUCGCCUGGACCCCAUGGACUCUGCCUUGAACUCUGUCAAUUCAUCCAGCCACAGCAGGAGCUCCAGAGACUAUCGGCUGCCAGGAUACAGGCACCUGCACCAGCCCUCUAGCCUGAGCCAGGGCAGCACCUCUGCCCUGCGCAGGCUUAGCUCUGGGGGCUCGGACAGGUACCUCAGCUCCCGGGACAGCUCCCGGCUCAGCAGCCGUGACCCCUCGUCCUGGACGGUGGAGGAGGUGAUGCAGUUCAUCCGUGAGUCAGACCCACAGCUGGGCCCCCAUGCUGACCUCUUCAGGAAACACGAGAUCGAUGGGAAAGCCCUGCUCUUGCUGCGGAGUGACAUGAUGAUGAAGUACAUGGGGCUGAAGCUGGGGCCAGCCCUGAAGCUCACUUACCACAUCGACAAGCUAAAGCAAGGCAAGUUCUGAGAGGACUCCUGGCAGGAUGGAUCCUGGAAGCUCCGCUCCCAGCCGUCCCCACCCGCGCUCACCUGCCGACAGGUUCGCAUGCACACAC